UCUAAAAAUGGAAGUAAUCUCAAUAAUUAUAUUGAGUUGUGUUUCUAUUGCCGUGUUCGGCGUUCUUGUGGCAUUCUUCGGCUGCUGUUGCACGGCAUUGGAGAACUACAAGAAAUCGGCGAAGACGAUUGAUGAAACUACCCUGCCCCUCUACGUUACCAACACGGUGGAACCUAAAGCAGACAAGGAGAGCUUUCAGACUAACCUUCUUCCUAUCCACGUUGUCCUGAGUAACAAUGAAUUAUUGUCUGAUAAAUCAGCACACGGGACGAUUGGGCAACAGAAUGCCCUGAAGAAUGAGGCCAAUCGGCCAAAAACUAGACAAAAAUCUGGAAAGAAAUUGAUCCCUGGGUCUGCAUUGGCUUCUAAAACAUCGAGUAAUGGGGCCGCCGAAUUAAACUGAAGAAGUAAAGUCUAAUUAAGUGAUUUGGCUGAUGGGAGCAAUGAAUUGACAUGCGCGUUAAUUCACACAUUGUUCCUCAUUAGGCUUAUAUGAUUAAUAGUAAUCAUUGUUACUUGUAAAUAAUUAAUUCCGAUUUUAGUGUUCUGUUACAUAUUGUUUUGU